AUGUCGUUCCAAUGGACUCCAGCACACUCCUCCCGCAUCACCAAACCCCGAAGAACAAGCGGUGCUGCAAAACUAGGCCUCAGACGCACUGCCUCAACCCCUUCCUCCACAAGCCCGCGCAAAAAAUCUACCCCUUCUCUCCCCUCCUCAAACACAGUCUCCUACGACGAUGGUGAUGAGGAUGAGCUGCUGGACGACACAGGCGUCAUCGCCUCUCUGGCAGACAAUCUCAACUUCCGCGAUGUCCCCCAGUACAUGGAAUACAUCCGCAACCGUAUGUUCAGCCCCAUGCCCGAAAAAGCCGGCAUGAACUCUACCCGAAUCGCUCAAGUACUCAACUUUCGACGCAAUCUGUCGCCCUUUGUUACCAUAGCGCAUAUUCAUGCUCUUAGCCCCUCGCCCACCAAGGUAGAUCGUGAGAUUGCGGAAUUGGUGCAGGCCGGUAUUCUGCGGCGGGUCACGAUUCCGAGUCGAGGGGUUGGCGCAACUGUCGUGGGCGAUGGUAUUGCUUCGGUGAGAGAAUGGCAAAAUCUGGUUCAGUCUCAUCCUCAAAUAUCCGAUGAUCUAAAAGCAAAAUACAUCUCCACAAUGACCACAAACCCCACAUCCACAACCAUCCCCACCCAAACCUUCACAUCCCCCGAACUCUCCACCCUCCUCACCACCGGCUUCCUAACCGCCUCCAACACCCUACCCUCAACUCCCCUCUUCCCACCCUCCCUCUCCCAAAUCUCCACCUCAGCAUCCCGCCACCCAUCAGGCUCCCUCGCCGCCGCCGGCUCCCCCUCCCUAACCCAGCACAUCCACGGCGGAACUUCCUCGCUCUCUCCCUCCCGCCCAGCCCCAAACGCCCCUUACACCCUCUCCCUCCCCAACAUGGGCUCCCACCUCAAACUCCUACUCUCCGCCCGCAUCCACCUCCUCGCCCUCCUCAAGCAGCAAAAGUCCCGCGCAAUGCCGCUCUCGACCCUCAAGGAACGCUGGGACGGUGCGGGUCGCUUGGUGCUGCCCGCUCGCACCAAGAAGUGGUCUUGCUUCUACGGCCUGAGCUGCGACUUUGUGUUCGAGGAGUGUGUGGGCGCCGGGCUGCUUGAGGUUUUUGAGACGAGGAGUGUGGGUAUGGGAGUGCGGUUGGUGUGA